GUCCUGCCAGAGUAACCUCUCUGUUUCCUGUGUGUAUAUGUUUGUGUGUGUGUGUGUGUGUGUGUGUGUAGGUGGGGUCCUGCCACAGUAACCUCUCUGUUUCCUUUGCCUUGCAGAUGUCCAGGCUCAGGUGACAAGCGGUGAGGGACAUCAUCUUUCCCGCCCAUACUCCACCUGUCUACUUUUAGACCGAUAGCACACACCUGUGGCGCAGAAGAUGUGGCUCCUUGAGGACCAACCGGGGUGUUUUCUGUGGCAGUGGCUUGGUCUUCUGUUUGUUGGUAGAAGGGCAGGGCAGAAGUAACAUGCUAAUGAUAAUUGAUCAAAUGAUAAUGAUAUAAUCUUGUUAAUAAGUCAUUGCUCAGCACGUAUUCAAUAGUUAGUUCUGUCCACUUUAUAAAGUAGUCUGUAAGGUAUUAUUAGGCUGCCAUAACUUGCCUUCAGACAUCACAGCUGUUUUGUUAUUUCAUGAUAACAUAAUCCCACAUUGUAUUGUGAAAAUAUAUUGUAAAAAAAAAUGAUAUGGGCUUAAAGAUUAAAGGUGUGCUUUGUAAAUUCAUUUUACUAAAAUCCAUCCUCAAUUUUCACUUUGAUCAGUAAUAGCCAAAGUUAAGUUACUCAACAUGAAAGGGGGUGCAUUAUCACAAAAUAACAGCACAGUUUUAUUGAUGUGGUCAGCGGGACAGAACAUGUAGAGCUGCUCUGGAACCUCCUCGGCUGAGUGCUCCUACCAACGUUUCUGUACAUAACACUCCAGAACUGUGUGCAAUGGCAGUUCACGUGAAAGAAUGAAAACAUGAAUGAAUACAUGAAUGAAUCAGUAUAGCAGUAAUUCAUUCAUUCAGUCAGUCAAUGGAUAGAUGAAUGUGUUGUUCCCAUCAGAGUGUGGGCUAGCCCCCCUGAAUAACCGGAUGGUGGGGGGUACGGACGCCCGGAUCGUGGGGGGUACGGACGCUCCUUCGGGCAGCUGGCCGUGGCAAGCCAGUCUUCACCUGAAUGGGAGACACAUCUGUGGUGGCAGCCUCCUCAAUAGCCAGUGGGUCCUCACCGCAGCCCACUGCAUACUCAGUCGUCAGUUGAGCAGCUGGACGGUCUACCUGGGCCGUGAGGUGCAGUCGGGCAGCAACCCCAACGAGGCGAGCGUGUCCGUGACGAGGAUCACCACGCACCCCAACUACAACAACACGCUCUUCAACAACGACAUCGCGCUCAUGGAGCUCGGCUCCACUGUCACCUUCACCAACUACAUCCGGCCCGUCUGCCUGGCCACCGGCACCAGCGCCUUCCACAGUGCCACCGCCUGCAUGGCCACCGGUUGGGGUAACGUCGGCAGAGACGAGUCGCUCCCUGCGCCACAGACCCUCCAGGAGGUGGAGGUCCCCGUUGUAGGGAGCAGGCAGUGCGCUUGCCAGUACGUCCCGGCGUCGGGUGCUGUCAUCACAUCGCAGAUGAUAUGCGCCGGUUCCUCAGGCAAGGGUGUAUGUCAGGGGGACUCUGGGGGACCCCUGCAGUGCAAACAGGGUGCCCAGUGGAUCCAAGCCGGCCUCUCCAGCUAUGGGGUUCCCUGUGCCACUGGACGCUUCCCAGAAGUCUUUGCACGCGUCUCAGAGUUCCAGUCGUGGAUCACAGACAACUUGGGCGGGGCGAGUGUCGGGUUUGUCACCUUCAACGCCUCGGGCAACGAUAGUGACAGCAGUUUCCAGUGUAACAGCACCCCGACCACGCCGGCCACCUCCUCAGCGGCCACCUCCUCAGCGGCCACCUCCUCAGCGGCCCUCGGCCUCCUCUCUCUGGCCCUCCUGCCUGGACUCUGGUUCACUGUCCCCCACUGA